GGCGGGGCCCGUACUGCGCAUGCGUCCGCCUGCGCCUCGUCAGCCUUGUCUUGGCUGAGUCGCAGCGCUACGUGGAUUCGCACAGUCUCUCCGUGACUCUCUAACGCAGCCACAUCAACAUGGACCAAGUGAUGCAGUUCGUGGAACCAGGUCGGCAGUUCGUGAAGGACUCGAUCAGGCUCGUCAAAAGAUGCACCAAGCCAGACAGGAAAGAAUUUCAGAAGAUUGCCAUGGCAACAGCGAUCGGGUUCGCCAUCAUGGGCUUCAUCGGGUUCUUCGUCAAACUGAUCCACAUCCCCAUCAACAACAUCAUCGUGGGCGGCUGAUUCGUCUGCCUGCCGAAGCAAUUUGGAACUCGAAAGCAUGAAACAGUGUUGUGUGCUGGACCAUGGGGAAAGCUGUAAAUUCAUUCUUUUUAUUUGAAAUGUUUUUUUGGCUGUGUUAAUAAUAAAAAGACCAAACCAAA